AUGUCACAGAUCACAGAUAUUAUCACUGUCCAUAAGAACGUGCAGGAAAGCUUGCUGAAGAAGAUGGGUGACAUAGAGGCUCAAAUCCAGUCAGCUGGAUCAUCGAAGGACACCGUGGCCAGGAUAGCUGAGGAGUUUCCGCACCUUCCGGGAGCUGGUCUUCGAUAUGUUAAAGCUGCUGCGGAGCCAGGCAUCCCAGAGGAGGACAAGGAAGACUGCAGCCAGGUGAUGUUGCAGAUCAUUAAUGGCAAAUUGGGCCAGGAUUUCCCGGUGUCUGCACUUAAGGUGUGUCACCGACUUGGAGUGCAUAACAAAAGUCAUCAUAGGCCGAUCCUAGUGCGGUUCUCUAGUGUGGACUACAAGGCUUCGGUCUGGAGGGCAAAGACUCGACUGCAGGGCACCAAAAUCACGGUCAAGGAAUUCCUGACUAGGCCCAGACAGGAGGUAUUUGUUAGAGCUCGUCAGCAUUUCGGCAUGCGUGCUUGCUGGACUCAGGACGGCAACAUCUUCCUCAAGGCGUCUGACGGAAGCAAGCACAGAGUCGUUUGCAUGGAAGAACUUAGUCCUCUACUUGACAAAUAUCCCAGUCUGCAGAGUGUGUCACAGAAGGCAGCCGGGGGCGGAGCAGGGGCACACACGCUAAGCCCAAUCCCUCCCACUACCCUAUCCCUUCCCGAUCCUUAUAUCCCCAAUCCCUAUCCCCAAAAGGCCGGCAACGCACUCGUAACUCCUUUGGUGUUGCGGGUGGCCAUGGGCGGCGCCGAUUGCUUACCCGUCAGGGCGAAACUUUUCGCACCGGUAACGCUGCUGCCCGUCACCGGCCUGCGGUACUUAAUUUCGCCUGUUUGUAAGGGACGGAUAUACCGCCGUCGGUCGGUCGCCAGAGCCUCGUUCGUUGACCAGCAGGAUGCACCGCGUGCAGAUCUAGAGGAAGCUAGAAAACCAAUUCAACCUUAUUACAAACUGAGAUGUCUAAAAGCUGAUCAACCAACAGAAUACCAAUGCGAGAAAGAUAUUGAAAUGAGCUUGGAUGAAUUUAAUUCACCAUCAGUACCUGUACAAGUUGGGUUACUAAAUGAUGAAGUCCAUGAAAAUUCCAAGCACAAGUUACAAGUUUACAACACAAGCUACUGUAGCACACCAACAGAAUCUAGAACUUUAGCGGAAAUUAUUUCUAGUGUCAAAUUAGAUCACAGCUACGAGAACACCCCAAAAUCUUCAAAAAAUAAAUUGGAAAGGGUCUAA